AUGCCUAAGAACAAAGGUAAAGGUGGUAAGAACCGCCGUCGCGGAAAAAAUGAGAACGAGAAUGAAAAGCGUGAAUUGACCUAUUCUGAAGAAGGUCAAAUUUACGCUCAAGUUACCAGAAUGCUUGGUAACGGUCGUAUUGAGGCAGCCUGUUUUGAUGGUGUCAAGCGUUUAGGUCACAUCCGUGGUAAAUUGAGGAAAAAGGUUUGGAUUAACCAAGGUGACAUUAUUUUAUUGUCUCUUCGUGAAUUCCAAGACGAGAAGGGUGAUGUGAUCUUGAAGUACACCGCUGACGAAGCUCGUACUCUCAAGAACCAAGGUGAGUUGCCCGAGACUGCCAAGAUUAACGAGACCGACUUUGGUGUUGAAGGAGAAGACGAUCUUGACUUUGAAUUUGAUGUUGAUGCUAUUUAA